UAUUGCUAUCUGCAGUCGUUACUAGAGUUGGUAUAACUAGAGAAGCAAGCAGUCGGCAACAUCUCUCGACGGGGUGUCUAACACGGUGUUACGGUGUCAUCGAGUGAUUCACGCAACAGGAUGGCCCGGCCAGGCUAACUGACGCCUGCUCAUGGAGCUCUUCUCGUCGGCUCCUGAAAGGCCACGCUGAGGGCAAAACACUCCGAGUCAGCUGUUGACCACGCCCCCUCCUCCUCUCCAGGAUCUACUACCGGUUAGCUCGUCCUGCAGCGGAUGUGUGAUGCAACUAGAAGUAAGAAUGUCUCUUAAACUUCUCUCACGAACUUUUGGUGAAGCUUAAACAGAAUUAUUGCCUAAACCACAGCUUAGGAUACGCCUUUGUGUUAUUAUUUUACAAACUGAGUUAAUACCUGAGACAGUAAGACUGUCAUUUUCUCCACUCGCUGUUGCUAACCAACAUUAGCUGAUCCGUACAUGGCAGCUAACUAGCAUAUCCGACUGAUCUCAUUUUUGUAACUUGUUUGCUCCAAACUCAGUCCCUCGUCUCUUUGCCUCGCCAGCUACCGACCCCCACCCUUUGGGCGUACCUAUGAGCUUAUUUUAAAGCGCUGGGUGCCAGUGGAGUCACCCAACCUGAACCCUGUUGUCGACUGGAUCUAUCUCUAAAUGGCCACCGCAGCUCCCCCUCCAGCCUCUGGCUCCACUGCGGCCACUGAAAACCCAAAUCCUGGGUCUAGCAACUCAAAUGCGGCUGACAGUGGAAACCAGGACAGCACUUUCGAGUGUAACAUCUGUCUGGACACCGCCAAGGAUGCGGUGAUCAGCCUUUGUGGACACCUCUUCUGGUGAGAACUGCUGUUUAUGCUUUUGUUCACAUUGCCAAACAAUAGGCCACUAUAGGACAGACCCGAUCCGGAUCAGCCAAGAUAAUCUUGCCUGUAAGUAACUGAACAAAGGUGAACUGGAUAUAAAUCUGUCUGAUGCCUCUGCUAGCUGAUAUCAAGGUAGAAAGUAGGGCUGGGCGAUUUGGCAAAAAAAAAAAAUGUUCACGAUAUAUUUCAUCAUAUCGUCCGAUCUCGAUUAUUAUCACGAUUUUUUUAAAAACUGUCUGUUUUAAAGCAUCUUUACUAAAAAUUAAAGAAACUAGAGAUUAGUUCAACAGUUAAUUAACAUACAAAGUAAAUAAACAGGCAAAUUGAAUAAGAAACACUUAGAAAAAUAUAAAAAAACAUUUUAACUCAACAGUACAACAAAUGUAGAUAAAUACUAGAUAAUACAGUGAAUUAGUUUACAGUCCUGAGCGUUUUUGAAGGUAUGCAAGACCCAAAAUAAACAAAUCUCCCCCUCAGAGAUAAUGAAGACACCUUAAAAUGUAAACAUUAGAUGAUGUAAACGUAAAUGAUAAGAUUAAUCGCUGCCUAGGUCUGGUGGCUGCACCGCUAGUUGUUGCUAAACUGCUAAUGCUACUCAUGCCGUCAGCAGCGGCAGGCUCACAUUUUCAUGCUUUCCGCAUUAUCAUUUGGGAGGUACUUCUUCAAAUGAUUAAACAGAUUUGUUGUGUUGCCGGUUUUUGAGGGCACCGAUCACCGACAUACCUUGCUCAUCAGCAUAAUUACUCAACGUCACUUUGGAGAUACCAGAACCACCGCCACACAACCGACGUUGAAUAACUUCUCAAAAAUAACAUCUUCGGAGAAUAACUCAAAGUCACAGCUGACAACUAUCUUGCUGCCCUCAGCUCCACGUUUAGCUCCAUGUUCUGUCAUUCUGUUUACUUCUCCUGUUUACUUCUCUGGCAACUUACAGAAGUGAGCAGGAAAAGCUUGACUCUGAUUGGCUGUUGUGAUGCACAUUUCGUUAAUGUUUGAUUGAGUAAAUAUGCUCUCAGCUGAUCACCGUGAUCGAACUGAAAUUUAUCACGAUCAUCGAUCACGAUCAUAUAAUCGCCCAGUCCUAGUAGAAAGUUAAUAUUAUUUUUACUCUGAACAGAUAAAGCAUAACAAUGUUAGUCUGUAUUGUAUACCACAAUUCAUGCCUAUGAAGUCGAUCCAUCUUUCUCCAUAAGUGUCAUUCAGUAUUAAAGAAAGUGUGGAUCAAAUUCUACAAAAGUUCAGUUCAGUAUGAAAAGCCAGGAGCUGCCAGUGUAACACAGCACAACUGUGGGCAAACAUGUAUUGAUUUUUCUAGUCUUAGCCUGAUCCUGUGAAGGUUUCCCGUCUCUGUAGCCAAGUCCCCCUGUUUACAUGCAAUCAUAGCCAACAAGUUUUCAGCAUCUGGUCUGAUAUCAGUGUGUUUGCAGUGUCAAAGUAGUUAUUCAUUCUCAAAAAAGGAGAUAAAUCCAAAGCAGGGAGCCGUUUUCCCCUCUUUUUAGUAGUUAGGAUGAGCCUUAACUUUAACGUUUGGAGUUUUGGGAGUAUAUAAUGUCUGAAUACAGAAUGUGUUGAUGGCAGACUGUGAACAUUUUUACUAACUUCUUUUUCCUGUCACAAAACCUCAAAUUUCAUCAUUUCGGGCAUGUCUUCCCAUCAGUUGGCCUUGCUUGCACCAGGUAACCGAAUCACUCCCCCCUUUUGAAUUUUUUUUAAAAACCAAUCUCAUGAAGAAAGUCAGUGCUGAUUAUGCCUUUCUCUGCACACAGUGGUUGGAGACGAGACCAAACAGACAAGUGUGCCCUGUGUGUAAAGCUGGCAUCAGUAGAGACAAAGUUAUCCCCUUAUAUGGGCGUGGAAGCACAGGUCAACAAGACCCCAGGUUGGUACUGUUUUUGUAGUUUUGCCACAUGUCGGUUGACUCUGAAAUUAAUUUGUUUUGUAAUGACUACACUCCUUUAUAUUCUCAGAGGAUAAAUAUGGUCCAUUAGGGCCUGUUUCCACUAGUCCUAUUUUGUGCUGCUCAAGUGUGGCUGAAUUUCAGUUUUGUUUUUUAAUUAAAUAAUUAAUAAGAGUUGUUAUAUAGCAGCGUUAGUAGCAACUCUAGACCUGGAAAUUGUAUCCUUGAUGAAAAUGUGUUGUCAGCUUAGUCUAAUCCACAUACAUAGACUGCUUCUGUGACACAAGCUGAAAAAAAGGCCAGGGCUUGACACUAACAUUUUUCACAAGGAGCGUAUGUGCUCCUAAGUUGAAAAAGUUAGGAGCACACAAAGAACUUUAGGGGCACAAUGAAAAUUGAUCAAAUAAUGUUUGCCAUAUUGGUCGACUUAAGUACUUUUAUUUAUUUUAGGUCUUUUGGUCACAUGACAUGGGAGCUAUUGAAGAAAAUGUUCAAAAUUUGCCUUUAGAUUUAACACAAAAAAUUUAUGAGGACAAAUUAGGGAAAUGAAAAGGUGUGUCUUAUCUUCCGACCUUAGUACUACUAUUUGAAAUCAAUUUUAGGUCUUGAGGUCAUGUGACAUGGAAGCUAUUAAAGGAAAACAGCCUUUUCUGAGAACAUCAACCGGUGAUUUAUUGAUGGUCCCUUAUUCAACACCUGACGCUGACAGCGAGGAUGCUGAGUAGAUUCAUCUGCGCUGCUGUUGCUAUUACCGGUUAUGGAGAGUGAGAAGACACCGGUAGAUCCGCAGUGAAUGUCCAUCGAAUAUCCAACCUAAAACUAACUUCACCGCAGUAUUUACAUGAAAAAACAUUUGUUGCCUUGGCUAAUUUUUUUUAUGCGCACAUGUGCCCCGAAAUACAUUUUACAAUUUGCACACAUCAAGUUGGGAAAAUACAGCGUUUUAAAGAUAUGAUUAUGUUUUACAGAGAAAGAACACCUCCGCGACCACAAGGGCAGAGGCCUGAGCCAGAAAACCGGGGUGUAAGUACUGUGAAGAAAUACACUUGAAUGGAAACCACAAAGUUUAUGAUUUUGACUUUUACUUUUAUGAUGAAACUUUUCCACAGGAUGAUGCAGAUGCUGUAGUGCAAAAGUGAGCUUUAUUCAUUCACAAAAUAAAAUUCCCCUCUGGGAUCCAUUAGACACUAAGCAAUGAGGAACAGACUAAUCUCUUGAGGAUGGUCACAAAUGACACUGACUGUUGCAUCAGUUCUUCCUGCCUGUAUGGAAAACUACCUCAGAUACUGAUGCUUGAAUAAUGAUAGAUAUACACAUGCACUUGGUACUAUUUACGAACUGAUGUAUCACAGGGUUUCCAAGGAUUUGGCUUUGGAGAUGGAGGUUUCCAAAUGUCGUUUGGAAUCGGUGCCUUUCCAUUUGGGAUCUUUGCCACAGCUUUUAACAUCAACGACGGGAGACCUCCUCCAGGUAUUAACGUUUCACACGUUACCAUGACCUCUCUGUGUUGUUUUCAUUGACAACAGAUCAAAGAAAUUCUGUUACUGUUUCCCAAACAGCUGCCCCUGGGACGCCUCAGCACAUGGAUGAACAGUUCCUGUCUCGACUUUUUCUGUUCGUCGCUCUGGUGAUUAUGUUUUGGCUGCUGAUUGCAUAACUGAGGUGGAAAGACGACAUGUUCGGGUAACCCAAAAGACAUCUUCACAUCAUGGUGUGCAUUCUGCCUUCCCAACAUUUGAUAAGGUUCUUGACACAAAGACAUAAGAUUUUAACAGAGUUUUUUCUUAAAUAAAUCUAUAUGUUCCAAUGCAGGUAUGACGGUUUUUAAAGUGAACCACACGACGUGGGUCGCUGAAAGUAUAAUGUACUGUACUGUUACAUUGUCCUUGUAAAGACGCAUACCCAAAGUCUUCCCUAUAUUUUUUCAACCACCUCUUGUUCUAAGAAUUUCAGCCUCCUUAUUAGUGUAUGACAUGACCAUCUGUCUGUCUACUUUUAUCAGACAUAGAGGGGUUUGUUUGGUUUGGGUGAAAAAAGUGGAAGAUACGUUUUUGUUCUCCUUCCUGUUGCGUUUUAGUCACACAGAUUAUGUGUAAAUUCUGUUACUACUGUUUAAAAUAAUCUCUGCUAAACAAAAAUGAACCAUAAAUAUAAUGUACUCAUUAUAUUACACUGUCAGUCCAACAAAUUUUACAGUAUUUUAUGUCAGCCUAUUUCUGGCCACUGGUACCCUACUUGAUCUCUGUAAACAUCUUGAUAUCAUGAUAAAAAAGGCACAGACAUAACUUGUAGCAUUAUCAACACAUUUCCUUCACUGAAGCAGCCUGUUAAUCAGCCUUUUCUAGGAUUACUCGUUCUGUGAAAAGGCCCACCCAUCCAUAUAGGCCAACAUACUUUUGUAAUUGUUGUGAUGGACCCAAGAGGUGAGAGGGAAACCUUGAUCACUGGCUUUACCACAAUGUCUGCCCAUCCAUUAAUGUGCUACUACUCUGUUUUUUUGUUGUUGUUCUUUCUCUUCUGUAUUUGGUACUAAAAGACACACGCCUCAUUCGCCUCUUACAAAAAUCACACCCAAAUCAAAACGUCAUACAUUCUCUUUUUAUUUACAGGAAAUAAAAAAAUACUUGUUGAUGCAUGUCCGCAGUUCUGAGACAAAUUUACAAAACAGUGUUCCUUCCCGUUUUGGAAAGUUUAUUUCUGUAUUUUUACUGUAAUUAAGAUCGAAAAUACUAUAGAUGUAAAGAAUGAAUAAUGGCUGGUUGAAAAGCUUUUUUUAAGCAGGCGUUAACUCUAUUAACGGUGGAGCAAUGUAAAUAAAUGCUAAUGCUUAUCAGAGUCUGUUUUGUCUUAUUCUUUGAUAAG